UGGAUGUGAGGGUUAAGCCCUUCUUAACCCAGUGGACUGGGUCAGAGAGGAAGGGUUGGAGCUAGUCUGGGUCCCAAGGAUUUUAACCUUCCCCCCUGCUGAGCGCUGGUCCUGCUGACCUUCUUGGCCCACCCCACCCCAGGCCAGUGGGGUUUUUAAACUGCAUUCAGAGGAACCCCUUUGUGCCAGGUCCCUGGGGGCUAGUUUUAAUCCUGAAGGGUUUGCGCUCAAGGGAGAGCAAUAGAGCAGGGAGCAGAAAUUGUCUGAUUCUGCCUCAAAACUUCCCACAUCCCCAAGGAAGCUGCCUAAAGGCCCAGUGUGGAAACAGCUGAGUGAAAGCAGGAGAGCCCUAGGACCCUGCCCUUUCUAGGGAGAAAGCACUUGCCUUUGGGGAGGGGGAGAAGAAUGCUUCCCCCUUCUCUGUGGCUUCCAUAGCACCAGUCCUCUAGAGCUCCCUGCCCAUCCCUGUAACCACAGCCUGCUACCCACCCUUUAGUCAUGUUUGGAGGGGGCCCUUUCUGCUCUCUUUGGAGCUUGUUCCUCUUGGCUGCACUGCUCCCCCUGGAGCUAAGUAUGGGGGAGGAAGAGAAGGAGCCAGCUACCCUAAGUGCCCUGGCUGGGGUGUCCUCCUUGCCCCUCAUCCAGAUGCUGCUGGAGCAGGUACCCAGUGUCUGGCCCUGCUGCCGCCGGAAGCAGCUGGUCAGUGGGCAGCCGCUGCGUUACAUGCUCAACCUGUACCAGAAUGUGGCAGACCGGUCUGGAAGACCCCGCCAGAACCGUAAGCUGGGCACCAAUGCUGUGCGCCUGGUCAGGCCCCUUGCCAAGAUGAGGCAGCCUGUGGCAGGUCCCUGGUACAUGCAGACUCUCGACUACCACCUGAACGUCCAGCCAGGAAUUGAACAUCUAGUGAGAGCCACUGUGGUUUAUUCUAAGACUCUGCUACUGGCUCAUGCCCAGCUCUCUUGUGUGGUUCAGCUGGCUGGGGAGGCUGGGGUUCCAAAUCUCUCACUCCCUCAAAGAGGCAAGAGGAAUGCCCUUGUCUCCUCUAGGGUAGACAGCUGGGAGGAGAGGGACAUAACUUCCCACUCUUUGCCAUGGGCCUGGGACUCCAAGAAGAGCCAGCUGCUCCGCCUUAGUCAUGUGUGUAUCCGGCUGGGACCAGCUGAUGGCUCAGAGCCUGAAGUUGGCUGGGAGGAGACUGCUUCCAUGAAUGACCCUUUCCUGUUGCUCUACCUCAAUGACACUCAGAAAGGCCUCCGGGCCAAGACAGGGAAAGCUGGCUUGAAGGAGACUCCUGAUGGGCCAGUGCUGAGUCGCAAAGCUCGCCAGGCAGGCAACCUCAUCCUGGAUCUCCCCAGCUACUCUCAGAAGACCAGCGCUGAGAAGGACGAGUGUGCUCUCCACUCCUUUCGGGUCAGCUUCAACCAGCUGGGCUGGGACCAUUGGAUCAUAGCCCCCCACCGGUACAACCCCAAGUACUGCAAGGGCACAUGCCCCCGCAUCCUGCGCUAUGGCUACAACUCCCCCAACCAUGCCAUUGUGCAGAACUUCAUCAACCAGCUGGUGGACCAGAGUGUCCCCCGACCCUCCUGUGUGCCCUACAAGUACAGCCCCAUCAGUGUGUUGAUGAUUGAGCCAAGUGGCAGCAUCCUCUAUAAAGAGUAUGAAGACAUGAUAGCAGAGUCCUGCACCUGUAGAUAAAGCCCUCCCCACUGGAACCAUUCACCAUGUCUAACAACCAUCAGAGCUUGCAUGAAGACAUGGUGAUCCUUCACCUGGCCUCCCUACAUCAACUCAGUCUAUGGUGAACCAGAUGCCCAGCUCUCUGAAUUAGUUUGCUUAAUGUGCAUUUAAUUUUUUGCAUUUUUGACAGCCCCCUCUAUACACACACACACACAUACACAUGGAUCUGGGUUUUUAAGAAAGUUUGUCCAAUUUUUUUUUUUUUUUUUGCUUGGUCCUCUGCCUCCAUUGCACAACGGACACUGGGCUCUGCUGGGAUGUUUUACAAAUGGAUUUUUAUGCAAAUGUUGUGGAAUAGCAGUUUUUAAAGGGAAGAGUUUGCUGUGCCUUGUAUUAAAGGACUGCCACUCUGUAUCUUCUCCUCGGGGCACUCUUCUUCCUGCUAGGGAGCUUUAUGGGACUAGGUGGAAGCAUGACUAGUCAAAUGGCUCAGCCAUUGGCAGGAAGGUGAGAUGGACUGACGUCUGGAGAAUAUACUAACUGUCAUGCCAUCUGGGUUUUGUCUGAUGCUCUUUGAGCUUCCUCUUGUGAAGUAGAAUUGGUCCAUCUUGUAUGAAGAGACUGUUCCAUCUGUGUUCGAGAACAGUUGCGUGGCCAGGUGGGAACUGGGCAUGGCUCCAAUGCACCAAGGGGCCAUGGAGAAGGUGGCAAGGUGCUUGUCAGAACUCUCUAGAUGAAUAGUAGCUAGGCUGGAGUUGUGGGUGAGAUGCCUGGAGCUUGGGCAUCUUCUACUGAAGAUUUUUGGUGCAGGGAAGCUAAAUUUUCUGCAGGCAAAUGGAACCUAAAAUGAGUCUGGAGCAGGGAGCGAUGAUGCCAAUUGGUUCUAAUGCUCAAAGGCUUCCCCCUGUGGGUCAAUGUCUCCCUCUCGCCAUUGUCUGUUGGGUUCUGUGUGGGUCCUUCACUUUAAGGGCUUCCAUAUACUUAAUUUGAGUUUAGGCUGGUACUGUCCUGUGACUUCUGUAUCUGCUGUCCAGCUCUGGCAUUGGCCACUAAUCCCAGUAGAUCACAUGUACGCUUGACCUGUCCAAAUAAAUACCUUUGUAGUCUGCAUCAGUAGCUUGUUGGGCUGUGAGCUAGGGGCUGGCCAGAGGGCUCUAGAGACAAUGCAUGGUGAGAGGGGAGUGCAGGAUCUGGAGAGUCACUUUCUCAAAGCCCUGUGUCCUUCUGGGCCAUGGCUUCAGGGGAGAGGGAAGAGCAGUUUUUAAAAGUCCUUCUCUAGGAACUGAAAAGAACACACUUCAAGUGAAGCACUAAACUUUUUUUUAAUCUUAAAAAGGCAACCCCCUGCAGGGCUCGAUGGCAUUGAGAUGCAACUCAUCUCUUAGCACUAGGGCUGGAGGCCUUGUGUGACUGGGCAAGUUCUGGCUAAUCUCCUCUAGCUGUGAUCUCUAGUAAAUUGUCCACCUUUACUAGACGCUUGUGUUUUACUCUCUUGGAACUACCUGAAACCCAUCACUCCCCCAGAUCAACUUGGAUGAGAUUUUAGUCUUUAAUGCAACCUUUUUUUCUUUUCUUUCCCUUUGGUUCAAAGCACCUUAGAAGCAGAGUCCAGAGACCUUUCUCCUAGUCUUUCCUCUUUACCUAUUGCUGCACCAACCUGAGUAUCCCCCAGUUCCACUGAACCCUGGUUACAAUGUUGCUUGGCUUUCAUUUCUUUCCUUUCUGUGAAUGGAUUGUAGCCUGCCAUAAUCUAAUGAAUUCCUGUUACAGCCUGGAUCUUUUCUAUUUAUUAUAUGCUGUAUUUAAGUGUUAUGUAAAUAAAUUGGCUUGUUUUGCUAAA